AUGCAGAUUUUCGUAAAGACCCUCACGGGCAAAACCAUCACUCUCGAAGUAGAGUCCUCCGACACUAUCGACAAUGUCAAGGCUAAGAUCCAAGACAAGGAGGGCAUCCCCCCCGACCAGCAGCGCCUCAUCUUCGCUGGCAAGCAGCUCGAGGAUGGCCGCACCUUGAGUGACUACAACAUUCAGAAGGAGUCCACCCUUCACUUGGUGCUCCGCCUCCGUGGUGGUGCCAAGAAGCGCAAGAAGAAGACCUACAACACCCCCAAGAAGAUUAAGCACAAGCGCAAGAAGGUCAAGAUGUCUAUCCUGAAGUACUACAAGGUGGACUCGGAUGGCAAGAUCAAGCGCCUCCGUCGCGAAUGCCCUUCUGCUGAGUGUGGUGCCGGUAUCUUCAUGGCUUUCCACAAUGACCGUCAAUACUGUGGAAAGUGCGGCCUGACCUACACCUUCCAGCCUGGCACCAAGCCCCCCGUCGUUUAA